AUGCUGCGCAAGAGUUGCGGCCUGCGCGGCUUCUACAAGCUGCCUGGGCGAAAGGCGUUGGACGAGAUCUGCAAGCUGGGCCUUCUCGAGGCGACCCCGACGCCGCAGGUGGCGACGCUCUGGAACGAACACCACAAGCAGUUCGUGCAGUACUGGGGCCGGGUGAUUUCGGCCGACGCCUACGCUGCUUUGCGCCCCCGCCUGCAGAAGUGCUCCUACUUUGUGAUUCCCGUGUUCCGCACGAAAGGGCUCUUUAACGUCGUGACAAACUGGGAUAAUGACCUUAUCGGCGUCGCUCCGCUGGGUGAGUGGCAGCAGAAGCAGGACCACGCGCAGAUUGACAUGACCAUUCAGUUCUUUACAGAGUUGUCUCGCACAAAGCGUAUUGUGUUGGUGCGGUGCGAGAUCAAGGACAAAAUAUUUGUACGCCAGGACUGCAUCUUCAUCACCCAGAUGCUCCUCAAGUACUACACGCUGCCCUCCCUCUACGAGACCUGGGUGGAGGUGUUUAACAAGCGGCCCCACCUCUUCGACUACCACAUGUACCUCCGUGCCAUGAAAGAGGAGGCGCAGCGGGACGACAUCCACAUCGAGGACAAAAAGUCGCAGAUGAAGCUAGACGCGUACGGGCCGGUGAUCGACACCCCACCGGAUGCCAUUGCGCAGCAGAUCUUAGGCGGCGUCGACACCGGCGCCCUACGGCCUGGCGGUAAGACAAACUUGUAA